CACUAGCAUCGGGCUCAGAUAUCGAUCUCCGCGUUUCCUUCUUGUUCACUCUUCUCGGAGAUGGUAAUGUCGGGUUGCUGGCGAUGAAGGCAUCUGGGUAUUCCAGAUGGACCAUCAUGCUGAGUUUUUGGUGAUUUGGCAUGAUACCUUCCAAGGGGCUACCGUUUUUCGGUGGUCUGGGCGGGAAUUCGGCAUGAAACUUUUGGGCCAAUUUCGGUCUGUUUUGGCGUGAAAGAUGGCAAAAACUUGCAUACUCAGUAGCGCUCACUCAUGUCGCCAGUAGCCAACGCGUCAGUGACGGGGCUGUCAACGAACUAUGUUCCACAGUUCGCUGUGUUGAACAUGAAACAGUCGUCCGUUUUUGACUGCAUGACUUGUCAACUGACGGGAAAGAAGUGUCAAGUAAGUAGGAUGGAACGACCUCGUGAAUCUCGUCACAGUCUCCAACCUGUGUAUUCAUUACACCUAUGGCUACCAAGGAACGAACGAAACUGGUCGACUUCAUUUUUCCAAAACCAAGAGGGCCAACAGGUAUAAAAGAAGCCGAAUUUACUACUCACUUUUCCUCACAAGGGUCAUCUACUACAAGCAUCUACUCUUACUUCUCUCUCGUACUCAUCUCCAUACAUGUACUUCUCUUCCUUCUUGACUCUUCUCGCCAUUGUCGCUGCCACCUCUGCGGGUACCAUCGACAAGCGAAAGAACGUUGACCGACCCGACCCAGGCAAUCUUGACCACUGUCCCGGCCACGCAACUGGUGACGCCGACAAAUGCACAUUCGAGUCGCAAUCCCAGGGUCCCGACUCUGUUCUCACUACCAUAGUCGGUGACCCCGUCGACAACUGCCAAGGCGGGACCAGCGAUCUCAAAACGACCAUCGGAGGCGACAAGACUGUCUCCCAGUCUUGGAAGUGGGGCGUGAGCGAAGGGUUCUCUGCGGAUGGCGGCGAAGAGCUUCCGAUCGGUGCAUCGUUCGAGAACUCCGAUACUUGGACUAGAACAGAGGACAAGAAGUUCAGUCAAAACGUUGAAGUCACUAUCAGACCUGGACAAAAGGCUGCUCUAGUUGCCAAAGUGACUGCCAAGACCUACCUCGGUCGCGUUCGUGUUAAUUAUGGUGACCCGACUGGAGAAGCUGGCAAAAAUGACUACCACUUCAUUUGGUAUAAUAAUGGUGUUGGGAGCAUUCAACCUACCGACCAAGUUGUGUACGACCAAAAGAUCGUCAACUGCGAUCAAGAUAUUUAGGAUAGUUACCAUAUUCAUUCUCAUAAUAUAGUAGCAGUAAAUUGAUUUUCACCCAAUUCGUAUCACU